AUGGAGGGCGAACUUAACGGGGAUGACGUGCCUAUCCCUGCCAGCCCCACUAGUGUCGUGAACGACAGCGAGGAUGAAGUGCUGGCUGGACCAAAGGAGGUGGGGAUGCUAAGACCCACGGGAGUGGAAAACGCCGCAGACCUGGGGGUGAAGGACAGCCGAGGGGAAGUGGUGGAGGAGGCUCUUCUUGGCCAGCACUUGCAAGAGAUAAAAGCCGCAUGGGGGAACAUUGAAUCCAGAGUUCAACAGGUUGAGGGUGUCGUUAAGAACCAGGGCAAAGAGCUCAAGGCGGUGCAUCUCAAGCAGAAGCAGAGCGAUCAAAAGAUGGCGGGGGUGCAAGCCAAAGGGGAUGCCACAGCGCGCAAGACCGAGGAGCUUGAGGGUGAGUUGACCAAGUUGAGGACCCGGGUGGAUGAGAUAGCGGCCAACGCGGAGUCCACGGUGAAUAAGAACGGACCCGACCCAUGGCAAGACUACCUCAACCAUACGAAGGGUGGACAAAAAGGGGGGCAUCGUCUCAAGGAAGGAAAUGGACAAGCAAGUCAAAAUCCCGGGGAAGACCGUCGACAUGAACUCAGUGAUGAGGAUAAGAACUCCCUUAUCUUUGGUGGAUGGCUCCCGGAUACCAAGCGGGCGACCAUACAGAAUGAGGCGGAAAGCAUUCUCAAGGAUGAGAACUUUGUGAACCUUGUUGACUCUCCCUCCCUUGUGGUUUUCGGCCCUCGUCGCAGCUUUGGGCUCUUGCGCUUCAAGCAGCGGGAUCAGGAGACAUCAGUGGCCCUACGUGCUCGUAUGUGGGAAGUUGUCACUAAGAUCCGACAAAACAAGAUCAUUCUGGACAGCACUCGGGGUGAAGUUGGUGAUGGUAAAGCUGUUUGGGCAUCGUUCAUGAAGACACCCGAGGCCCGGAAAAGGUCGGCGAUGUGCUCCCUAGUAAGACGGGUCGUGAUGAAGCUUGCGGCCAUCGGCAAGAAGGAAGAUGGGGAGACGUUCAAUGCUGAGGCGAUCACUCCGGAAGGCUAUGACGUGGACUGGGGGACAGGCACGAUCUGGCACGGCCCGCUUAAGUUGGCAAGUGCUACACACCGGAAGGACUCUGACCGGCCCGAUGACUUCUUUCAGUUGAACCAAGGCUGGGUGGAUAUUCGUGCGGUGACCUCGCUCACGGGGGUUGACUGGGCAGAGGCCGCUUCGGCCCUUCAAAGGGAACUGUGA